GAUGGAAAAAUCGAGGGGAAUGCAGGAAACGCAAUCAAUGUUUGACGCGAUUCCGAGAAACUGCAAGGGAAUAAUCGCAGUCAGGACUCCGCCUCUGUCUCCAAAGAGAUAUCGUAAAUUUUAUCCGAACGGCGGCAUUUGGAGCAAUAGCCAUUGUUCAAGAGCAUGUACCUAAUGCAUAAGGGCACAAACAGAAAAUGUAUGUUUUCUCCAAUCAGAAAAUGGCAUUUUUCCCGUAGAAUUCCUCAUUCAUAUAAGGGAAGUUGCCGGCACCGAAGUGCAUCAACUUAAUUAUUGCGUUAAUAUUUUUAUUUGAAACUUGCCACAGCGAUAGAUAUUUAUAAAAGGAAGGGCAACUAACUCUUGAUUUUUCAUAAUUCAUUGCAUUGCCUUAGUUUCGAGUAAUUUUCUACUGAACACUCGUACUAUCGGUAAAACCUGGGUUUCGGACCCCCUUAAUAGUACAUUAUGCAACAAGAGACUAAAGUCGUGGAUUAUUUACUUUAUUCUCGCAAAAUACGGAAUAAAGUGAAUUUGCGGGAAUAAAGUAAAUUUGCGGCAAUAAAAUUUUCUGGUCCCCAAGACACGUGGAGACGUGGCGACGGGGUGGCGGCUGAGAUGCGCCCCACGGCGUCGCGCCGUAGAGUCGGGGCGGGCCGGAGCCUACAUUUAUAGGUACAGGUAUUAUAGGCUAUCUAGAGGCGGAUUUCGGACGCACAGCUCGGGGAAAGUGAAUUUUUGCGGAGAGGGAGAACGCUGCUAUAUAUACAGAGCGAAAUUUCUUAAGCAGACAGUUCGAAGUUUUCAUUCUAGAAGCAACGACUUGGCUAGUCAGUGAUAUCCUAGUGCCUGCGUUAGUUUGAAUCUGUAGUGCAUCACAGUCAAGUUUUCCUUUCGUAAAAUGGAAUCUCCACGUGCGGAAUCUUACGCAUCUUCUGACACUGGUAGGACGAGAAUGAUUGAUGCAGAAGCUCGUCACACGGAUCUCGAUGGAAAUCUCAACGAAGUUACUGCAGACUUGACAGGGCUUGUGACGAUUUGUUGCUCGGAUUGUGAUCUUGACAGUGCCAACUACGAAAAAUGCCAGGGCGAGCUAGCUCUGCAAUGUUUAGCGUGCCGAGAGAAGUUUUAUCACCGUUUUUGGGCGAUCCGGCACAUCAAUUCUUGUGCCAGCAUCAUCAAGCAGCCAAAAUACAUCUGUGAGUUGUGCGAAACGACAUUCGAACGGAUCGAUGAACUAAGAAGACACUUUCAAGACUGUGCAAGUGAUUGUUUUACAAGUCUUCAGUUGGAGAACAACAACACGAAUUCGGAGGAAGAAUUAGAUAUGUUCAAGUACUUUGCCAACUCAUCGGAGAUAUUAAGGAAAAGCGUGAGGGAAUACGGACAUGAACGUUUUUAUGCGCACUUCUGCGUGGAGUGCCGCGAACCCAUCAUCGAUGAAACAUCGGUCGACGCAGUAGACUGCGAUGAAUGUAAAGUUAGUUGCCUGCUGCAGUGCAACACGUGCAAAUGUCUACACGAGACUUACGAGUCCAUUAUUGAGCAUUUAAAGGGGAGCUAUUGCGGAUAUAAGAUGCAAUUAGCGGUGGACCCGGAUGCUCAACUUCACGAACAGGCGUGAAAAAUUAUAAGAUGCACAAAGGCUAUUGCAAACAGAAUCGACCGUCUGGAGAUGUUUCAAUGCCCAAGGAAAGUGACGCAGCUUAUCACACAUACAUCGUGCACAAUCAUGGUUUACGUUCGAAUACAUAUGUAGAACCUUAAAACGUUUUUUAAUUGUCGAGAUGAUUUAAUUUUUUACUGUACUUAUUUAUUUAUCGUAAAAUAAAAAAUUUUUAACCGCUCAAUCAUUAUAUGCUUGUCUUUUAUUGAAUGAAAAACUGAAGUAUACUUUAUCCUCUUAGAAAAUAUUAUAAUUUCCAACUCCACAAAUAACGUUUUCCUAUUCAAAAACGUAAGAUCGUUACUGCGUGUGCAAAACUCUAAAUUUCGCACACGCUUAUCUGUUGAGGACGUAGAUUCGCACACUCGUGUCAAAAAAUAGUAUAUACGAUACACGUGCGCGUAGGUGAUCAUCAAACUCGCUUUUUUGUCACCCUUGCGGCGACAGAUGCGCUCAUGCAAAAAUAACCUACUUCGCGCACUCGUAUCGUAAUAUACAAUUUUAACAUGACGUGC